AAGGAUAGUAACAAACGACAACGUUUCUCACGUGGUCUUAUAAUUUCAAGGAUGUCACAAACGACAACGUUUCUCACGUGGUCUUAUAAUUUUAAGGAUGGUAACAAACGACAACGUUUCUCACGUGGUCUUAUAAUUUCAAGGAUGGUAACUAACGACAACGUUUCUCACGUGGUCUUAUAAUUUCAAGGAUAGUAACUAACGACAACGUUUCUCACGUGGUCUUAUAAUUUUAAGGAUAGUAACUAACGAGAAAGUUUCAAGUUCAAAGAAAUCUCUAGUUUUAAACAGAUAUGAAAAAAUUUCAAGCAUUGUUUUAAGAAGCAACAUUUGCUAAGAGUUUACAUAGAUUAAAAAUUAAACUAAAUCAACUUUAUUAAAUCGCCAUGAUUAAUGUAUAUUCAAACGUGCGUUGUUCAUUUUAUAUUGAAUACAUUUAUAUCAAAAUAAACACAGCUGUAGCUACAAGCAUAAUAUAUUCUAAGAUGCAGUAACUAUAUUACUGCAGUAUUGCAGAAUUUCCCAAAGUGCUGUUGUUCUUCAUGAAAGAUGGUCGCACACCUUUUUGCUUUUUUUCUUACAAUUGCUGCCUCCAAUGCAACGUAUGAGGAAUGCAAACGUUCUCAAAGUGUUUUCAGGAAAAUAAGAGAUAACGGGGAUGUUCUAACACCAAAAGAUAUGCUUUCAAGUCAUGUCGUUCACAGUCGCAUCGAGUGUUUAUUAAAAUGUGUUCAACAAAAGCCAUGUGUUGGGUUUAACUAUCUUGAUGUUGCCAAUGAAAAUGAGAUAAAUUGCCAAACUAGUAACACCACAUACACCAAAAAAAGUAACACCAUGAACACCAAAGGAAAAUGGGCAUUGUAUCACGACCUUCAUCCUCCUAAAACGGUAGAAAAAUUAUCGAAAAGUUGGACUCUCGUCGCCCGUUUUUCAAACAAUGAUAGCAAAAAAUGGAUGCCUGAAAAUGGUAAGUUUUGGAAUAAAAGACAGAAAUCUCGUGGGAAAGUGAACGAUCCAUCUGACAAUUACGAUAUGAUAUCUGAAGCAUUUUGGAAUUUGAAAGGAAACGAAUUUAAGAUAACAAGAAGCGAUGAUAUUAACAACGUUGCAUUACUGCAGACGACAUCAAACUGUCUUCAAGGUCAAUCUUUUCCAUCGAAAAUUUUAAGCUAUGGGGAUUUGAGAAGUACAACAGUUUGGAACAGAAACAAAUGUCUUGGAAGUUGUGCAGUUACUUAUGGAGGUCGGUACAAAGAUACGGCUGGUUUCGAGAUGCACAGCUGUUCAAGUGACCAGACCAAUAUUCAGAAUAGCAGUUAUGUAGGAUUUUGGUGUGAUUGGAGCAGCGGUAAGUACCGUAAUGUUGCCGUAAUGAUGAUAGGUGGAGGAGGAGAGAAAUGCAAUGGAGUGGAUCACGGGAUUGGGAUAGGCAGCAAGACAACAGAUGAACAGAAAUUUAAAAAAAAAUUUGACUUUGGAACGAAUGCAAAAUCAAAACCUCCUUCAAAUUAUUCACUCAAUUUGUGGGUUCGUUAGUUUAUGAUUUUUCAAUUGCUUUAACAAUAUAAUUAAACACCAUUGUAUUUGAUAUAUAAAACACAUACUGAACGCGGGUAAUCAUAUCUGUGGUAAUUUUACUAAUUUGUUGCAAUGCAUUUUUGAACAAGAUUGUGCUUUGGAACAAUGAUGUAUAAUUUAGUCUUAAUGUAAGAUUUAUAUUACAUAUGCUGACCUUAUCAAGCAUAAUUAUAAACUUUUGACAUAA